AUGGUUCUAGUCCACCACCCAACAACCAGUGGUGGUGGUACCCUACUGGAACGGGCGGAUCUAUCCCAUCCGAUUCCUGAAAACGCUAGAAAGCUCGCCCAACUUGUGGAGUACGAUGAGAGUCGGGUAGAACUUGGGACCCAUUCGGUAUUCGUGAGAGAAGCCCGUCCACCAGGAGCCCAUUAUGCAAAAGCUACAGUAAUCUUUCUUCAUGGACAGAGCUUUUCGUCUUCCACAUGGACCGAGAAUAAUAUAUUGAGAACCUUCGCUGCUCUUGGCUAUCGCGCCAUUGCAAUCGAUCUCCCUGGAUCUGGCCAAACUCGCGGAGCAGCUUUAUCCCAAGCUGAUAAACCAACAUUCUUGAUGGAUUUCAUAGAAACAUUAGGAUUGAAACAAGUAAUGAUUGUCAGUGCUUCAAUGUCCGCACAAUAUGUAUUACCACUGAUGACUUCGAAUAGACAUCUCUGUUGUGUGGUACUUGUGGCUCCCUCAAACACCCAUGAAGUUGUAAAUCCGUCGAGUUAUAUCGUGCCAACAUUGGUAGUAUGGGGCGAACGCGACACCUCUCUCGGCCCAACCGCUGCUGCAAACCUGAAAAACCUUCCAUCCGUCAAACUUCAAAAAAUCCCAGAAGCCGGUCACGCCUGCUACCUACACAACCCGAAAUGUUUCGAAAACUAUUGUGUCAACUUUUUUGAUUUGAUACGCAGCUAUCACCGUUAA